UAAGCGAAAUGCGGCAAUAAAUGGAAUUCACGACGUUUUGGUGACGAAAGAUCCCCUUGUGACCCCAAAAAACAUUAGGGAAAAAAUUCAAGGACGGCGCUCACAAUUUCGGAGAGAAGUGAGGGCAAUUGAAGCCAGUAAACGGAGUGGAUGCGGCGCAGCAGAUGUGAAAACACCCAAAAUGUGGUGUUACGAGCUGCUCCAGUUUCUACGUCCAAACGUAGAAAUAAGGGAGACGCAGGAUAGUUUAAAUGAUGAAAACAGGCCACAAACGAGAUACGAUACGGACAAUAAUAUAAACACGGAUAACGCCUCGUUGAGGGACGAACCGUCGGUUUCAUCAUCUUGCAGAAAACGAAAUAAGGCUCAUUUUCAACAAAAGGUACAACAGGGAUUAAAAGAGUUGACAAAUAUAAUGGUGACAAACACAAAAAGGAAAUAUGAGUGGUUUGGCGAGGAGGUGGUCAGCAUACUGGAUGGUAUGAAAAGUGAGGACGUUGCUCUGGAAACCAUUGAUGCCAUCCAUUCCCUGCUAUCUUCCGCCAGAAAAAAAUACAAGGAAGUAACAAACUCCGCGACAACUCGGGAUAUUUUAAGUUUAGCUUUAGAUGGUGUUUUAGAUGAUAGCGAUUUGGAAUAGAUUUUAAGUUAAUGUAAGUUUUUAAUGAAUUUUACGGUUGUGGUAGGUGAUAAGUUUUAAUGAAUUUUUUUAUUUUUACUUAAUAUCGUCACCUGACGGGAAGAGCGACCUAUGUCGGCAGCCAAUUCGAAAACGGCCUAUCUCAGAAAUUAUUCAAGAACGCCCCACUUCAGAAUUUGACUGAAGAACGCCCUAUU